CAGGGCGCAUGUUUCUUGAAUGUCAUCUGUCCGACUGAAUAAAAUCAAUGUUUGUGUUGCUAAAUAGAGAAUCAUUUAAAUUUAUCGUAACAAGGUCGUAAUUAGAGGAUGUACUGGUGAUUGUAAGAUGAGAAUAAUUUGCACCCCAACCAUAUUAUGUUUGAUAUCAUUUAGCAUCAAGUCCAAUUUCGCUAAGAGGGGACCCCAUCAUCCUAAAAGCGAAAUUGACAAAGGACGACGCAAAAUGGACGAACAUUUCGCACAUGAUGUCGAACACAUUCAGGAAGAUCUUCAGCACCAUGCUGACUCUGUGAUUCAGCAUAGGAACAUCAGUGAAAUGACGGAGGACGAGAAGAAUUUCUUUUACUUUAAGUUACAUGAUUCGGACAAUAAUGAUGUUCUUGAUGGACUUGAACUGUUACGGGCUGCUACACACCAUUCGGUACAUGUUGAGGACGAGGAACAGCAUAGUCACGACGACGGUGGAAAGAGUGACGAAGCGAAUGAAUUCGAGCAUAUUAUAGAAAUAAUCGACGACUUCAUUCAAUUCGCUGACUUCAACAAUGACGGCUACCUCAACUAUCCGGAAUACGCUCAAGCCAUAAAGCAGAACAUCGACAUGCCAAUAAAUAAUCACAUCGAUAAUGUUAACGCCAAAGAAUUCAAAUAAAUUCGAUAAAUCGCUUUUCAAUAAACAAAAA